UGCGAACGGGGCCCCUUUUAUAGCUCCAUCACCCCAACUGGCUCUAUCCUCUGCCACCGGACCUGCUGGUUACUUGCUGUGCCCACUUGUCAUGGAGAAGGUCCUUGUCUUUCUGUUCAUCGCCCUCUCGGCAGUUGCCUAUGCGGCUCCUAACCCCCGAGGAAUCAUUAUCAACCUGGAAAACGGCGAGCUCUGUGUGAACAGCUACCAGUGCAAGAGUCAGUGCUGCCACCAUGACUCCGCGCUGAGCCUCUCCCGCUGCACUGCCAAGGCCCGCGAGAACAGCGAGUGCUCUACCAAGUCGAUCUAUGAGGUUUACUACAAGUGUCCCUGUGAAAGUGGCCUAACCUGCAACGCGAACAAGACCCUUGUGGGCUCCCUCACCAAUACCAACUUUGGUAUCUGCCAAGAUGUUGGACGCUCCAAGCAGUGAGACCACCCACACACCCCUGCACCCAGCCCAGUGUGCCCCAGGAUGCUUGGCCAGGGCCACCACUGUCCUCCUUUACCCGCUUGACCAGUACCUCUGUUUUCUGAUUGGGUUCUUGGCAAUUAAAGCCCUUUCUGCAAA